CUCUUCAGCAUGGCGACCGGAGCUUCUUCGCAGAAAAUUGCCCUUAUCACAGGCAUAACUGGACAGGAUGGGUCUUACUUGGCAGAGUUCCUGAUUGGUAAAGGAUAUGAGGUGCACGGUAUCAUCAGAAGAGCAAGUACAUUCAACACUUCAAGGAUAGAACACUUGUAUGCCGACCCAAAAUGUCACACAGAGGGGUCCAUGCAUCUGCACUAUGGAGACCUUACAGACAGUACCUGUCUGGUGAAGAUCAUUAGCGUAGUCCAGCCUCACGAAAUCUACAAUCUUGGUGCGCAAAGUCAUGUGAAGGUGUCAUUUGAACUUGCUGAGUACACCGCUAACGUUGACGCUGUGGGAACUCUUCGGUUACUAGAUGCCAUGCGUACUUGUAAGAAACUUCUACCCGAGAAUGUCAAGUUCUACCAAGCAUCCACCAGCGAAAUGUUCGGCAAAGUUCAGGAAAUCCCGCAGAAAGAGACCACGCCAUUUUAUCCACGAUCCCCGUAUGGUGUGGCUAAGGUGUACGCCUACUGGAUAGUUGUGAACUACAGGGAGGCAUAUGACAUGUAUGCAUGUAAUGGAAUCCUUUUCAACCACGAAAGUCCCAGGAGAGGUGAAACAUUUGUGACACGUAAAGUAACAAGAGCUGUGGCCAAAAUUAAGCUUGGUCAGCAGGAAGAAAUUCAGCUCGGAAACCUCGACUCGAAGAGAGAUUGGGGCCACGCUAAGGAUUAUGUUGAGGCUAUGUGGUUAAUGCUUCAACAAGAAAAACCAGAAGACUUUGUGAUAUCAACUGGAGAAAGUCACAGCGUACGGGAGUUUGUAGAAAAGGCAUUCAAAGUGAUAGGUAUCGAAAUUGGAUGGGAAGGCAAUGGAGUUGAAGAGGUCGGCAAAGACAAGGCAACUGGUGUUGUCAGAGUAAGGAUCAAUCCUAAGUACUACAGACCUACAGAAGUGGAAUUCCUUCAAGGAGACUGUUCAAAGGCGAAAGAAAACCUAAAAUGGCAGCCGAAGUAUUCAUUUGAUAUGCUUGUUGAAGAGAUGGUGAAGAGUGAUAUAGACCUAAUGAAAUCCAAUCCAACAGCAUGAUGAAUGAGAGACAAUUUAGUUUUUAAUUGCAGGUGUGAGAUGAGAUGAUGAGAAGAAUGAAGCAUUUGAGUUUUGACAGAUUCUGUGCCAUUUUGGAAACAUCUUUGUAAUACACAUGGCUGCGAUUAGAGCUAUCAAUUUGCAAAUUGUAUGGAAAUUGACAAUACUAACCGUAACAGUUUUAUAAAUGUUAAACUGAUAUUGUGGGUUUUUUUUGUAGUAAUUACACGAGAUAUUAUCUGUAGGUAUAGUUUUCAUAGCUGCUGAAGAGGUUGUCUUGCAUAAUAUAAUUUUUAGUGCUACUGUUUUUUUAGUGUAUGUAAACAAUUCAUCAGGAUUUGAUAUGUAUCACAAUGUUUCCACUCCCUCUAUAUAUCAUUUCAAAAUGACUUUCAU